AUGGUCAACGUCACGUACGAUGCUUCGGGCGACCUUGUAUGGUACGACUCGUCCACCGACACCACAUACGUGUACAACCUCGGCGACAUUGCCUGGGUGCUCUGCUCCACGGCUCUCGUGUGGAUCAUGAUUCCAGGUGUCGGCUUCUUCUAUUCGGGUCUUCUCCGACGCAAGAAUGCUCUCAGCAUGAUUUGGAUGUGCAUGAUGACCAUCGCUGUCGUCUCCUUCCAGUGGUUUUUCUGGGGCUUCUCGCUGGCGUUCAGUGAUACGGCGACGAAUCACUACAUUGGCAACCUCCAAUACUUCGGCCUGAAGGGCGUGCUGGAGAAACCAUCCGUGGGGAGCACACGCGUCCCGUCCAUCGCGUUCUGCGUCUUCCAGCUUAUGUUCGCGGCCAUCACGCCGAUGCUCGCAAUCGGUGCAUUCGCAGAACGCGCGCGCCUCGGGCCGGUCAUGGUCUUCGUGUUCAUAUGGUCCACGAUCGUCUACGACCCCAUCGCGUGCUGGACGUGGAACUCGUCCGGCUGGUCGUUCAUCCUCGGCGGGCUCGACUUCGCUGGCGGCACGCCCGUGCACAUCUCCUCCGGCACGGCCGCGCUCGCGAUCAGCAUCUACCUGGGCAAGCGCCGCGGGUACGGCACCGAGCGGCUCGCGUACAAGCCGCACAACACGACCUACGUCGUGCUCGGGACCGUCUUCCUGUGGUUCGGCUGGUUCGGCUUCAACGGCGGCAGCGCGCUGAGCGCGAACCUGCGCGCGGUGCAGGCGUGCAUCGUCACGAACCUCGCUGCCAGUGUCGGCGGCCUGACAUGGAUGCUCUGGGAUUACCGUCUCGAGCGCAAAUGGUCGACCGUCGGUUUCUGCUCUGGCGCUAUUGCCGGCCUUGUGGCCAUCACGCCUGGCUCCGGUUUCGUCGGUUCACCGGCCGCGGUGCUCUUCGGCUUCAUGGCCGGCACUGUAUGCAACUUUGCAACGCAGCUGAAAUUCUAUCUCGGCUACGAUGACUGUCUCGAUAUCUUCGCCUCGCACGCUAUCGGCGGAGUUGUAGGCAAUAUUCUCACAGGCCUGUUCGCGCAGGCGAGCGUGGCCGGCUUCGACGCCAUCACGAAAAUCCCUGGUGGCUGGCUCGACCACCACUACAUCCAGCUCGGAUACCAGCUCGCGGACUCUGUGUCCGGUAUGAGCUACUCGUUCGUCAUGACCACCAUCAUCCUCUGGGUAAUGCACUACAUCCCCGGCAUGCGUCUGCGCUGCACCGAUGAUGCGGAGAUCAUCGGCAUCGAUGACACGGAGAUGGGCGAGUUCGCGUACGACUAUGUCGGCCUGGACUACAUCUCCGGCGGCGGCUUCCGCGACGACCUGCGCCCGACAAGCGACCUUGCCGCGCCAGGCGGUGGCCGCGAGCCGAAGCACGAGCACCUGCAUCACCAAGGGGUCGACGUUGCGGUGCGGGAACACGAGGGCAGCACGGGGAGCACGGUGGAGGGCAGCGACGAGAAGCGGGUAGCGCAGUCAUGA